ACCCGGGUUAGUUCAGUUUAGAUAGUCGGACUAACGGGUCUAACUUCCUUUAUCCGAACAAUAGCUCUAGUAAUUCACUCCUGUAACGGUACUUUGGAUUUGAAACGUACAAAUACUCGAUUACAGAUGAUGAGGUGACCUGCAAGCUGUCAGCAAUGGAGGACCUGUGGACCGUGGCCGUGGCUGUUUUCCAGCUGUGGAUAUUCGUAGUUGUGUUCUUCAUCACGCUGCCCGCCAUGUUCGGCCUCUCUCUGGGUGUCACCAGCGUCUACAUCCAGAUCCUGGUUAAACUCCUUGAGUGGGCCACGAUACGAAUCCAGAGAGGACGCGAGGAGCAGCCCAGCGUACCCGCACCGCUGCCCAAUGGGAUCAUCGAGCGAGCGGAGGGCUCGAUGGAGGAGGAGAUGGAGCAGUUGCGGCAUUCUCGGUCUCUGGAAGGCGGUGAGUUUGCUCUGAGUGACAUCUUGUAUUUCUGCAAGAAGGGCCUGGAGAGCAUCGUGGACGACCAGGUGACCCAGCGCUUCUCCUCUGAGGAGCUGGCCUCCUGGAACCUCCUGACCCGCACCAACCAGAACUUCCGCUACAUCAGCCUCCGCCUCACCAUCUUCUGGGGCAUCGGCGUGUUCGUGCGCUAUUGUGUCCUCUUCCCUCUCAGGAUUACUCUGGCCAUCAUCGGCCUCUCGUGGCUUGUGAUCGGAACGACUCUAGUUGGAUUUCUGCCUGAGAACAGUGUGAAGUACUGGCUGAGCGAAGUUGUCCACCUGACCUGCUACAGGAUCUGUGCCCGGGCGCUGUCGGCCACCAUCCGCUACCACAACAAAGAGAACCGACCUCAGAAAGGAGGGAUUUGCGUGGCUAAUCACACCACGCCCAUCGAUGUGGUGAUCCUGGCCAAUGACGGCUGCUAUGCCAUGGUGGGGCAGAUUCAUGGAGGUCUGAUGGGGGUCAUCCAGAGGUCGAUGGUGAGGUCGUGCCCUCAUGUUUGGUUUGAGAGGUCGGAGAUGAAAGACCGCCACGCGGUGACCAGCAGGCUCAGAGCUCACGUAGCAGCAAAGACCAAACUUCCCAUCCUUAUAUUUCCUGAAGGAACUUGUAUCAACAACACGUCGGUCAUGAUGUUUAAGAAGGGCAGCUUUGAGAUCGGAGGAACGAUCCAUCCCGUCGCCAUCAAGUACGACCCUCGCUUGGGUGAUGCUUUCUGGAACAGCAGCAAGUACAACAUGGUCAGCUAUCUGCUGCGCACCAUGACCAGUUGGGCCAUCGUCGUCAAUGUGUGGUACCUCCCACCCAUGACCAUACAGGAUGGAGAGGAUGCAGUCCAGUUUGCCAACAGAGUGAAAUCUGCCGUUGCUUGUCGGGGAGGACUGCUUGACCUGGCAUGGGACGGAAGCCUAAAGCGAGGGAAGGUGAAGGACGCGUAUAAGGAAGAGCAGCAGAAGAUGUACAGCAGGGUCAUCGUCAGGCAGAACAGCAUCAGUGCCACACACACCCGCAGAGACGAUCAAUCAUAAACAAUCAGUCACAGCAAAACUCGGUCGUCUGAUUUUAGACUUUACAGGACAGACCUGAAUGCCACAUCAGACUGUGGGUGCAGGACAGCAUCUCCACCAGCAGGAGGCAGCAUGACACAACACAAUCACCCAUCCAGCUGCUCAUCUCCUCCUCUUCAUCAUCAUCAUCAGCUGCCAGGACUGAACUCUUCAUCACACAGAUGAGGAUGAUUUAUCACGUCAUCAUCGCUGUGUCUGAUUUUAACUUUUGUACAAACAUCUGAACCAAACUGACACUUUUGCUCACUGUUUAUUUCUCACAUGGACGAAGAAAUAUUUCAUCUGUGUGUCUACACACAACACACCAUAAACCUCUCUCACACACACACACACACACACA